AAACAACUUCUCCGAGUGUGCGAAGCGUGGUGUACCGGUGGUAGUCCGAGACCGAAGACGUUCGGCUUUCGACCUCAUGUGAACACGGCACGACCAUAAAACAGUGGAAGCGCGUGGGCCGCGCCGCGUGGUCGAGGGUGAUGGAAAGGAUAUCAUAAAGGAUGCCACCGCUCGCCGAAGCCCAACGACUGCUUACAAGUGAUUUAGUGUGCAUAUAAGACGUCUGUGCGUGAGUGUGUGUGUGUUUGUGUGUGCCUAUGUGACCCGUGGGGGGGUCUCACCGAAGGCUUUAUGAUCACGAUGGCUGCUAGCAAGCGACGAUGCGGUGUAAAGUUGGACCAGUUGCCGGUUGGACUGCUUCUCGAACCGCAAGGAUCCACACACGAUAGAAAUCCUAGUACUACCGUCUGUUGGGCGAGUGUGUGAAACGCUCAGUAAAGUUUAGUUGUUGAUCGUUGUUGAUUGUUGUUGGACGUUGUAAAGGCGUGUUUAUUAGAAUGGAUUGCUUUCAAGAAGUUAUCGUGUAGUGGAACCCCGGGAACUGUUCCUAUUUGUUCGUGAUCCUUUUAACCGGCCAAGAUGGGGAAUGGCAUGAACAAGGUCAUGCCGGGGCUGUACAUUGGCAACUAUCGGGACUCGAAGGAUUUCCAGCAGCUGGACCGUCACGGCAUAACGCACAUCGUCUCCAUCCACGACAGUCCGCGACGUUUUCAUCCGGACAAACACUAUCUGUGCGUGAUCGCGGCGGACAAACCGGACCAAAAUCUGUCGCAGUACUUCGCCGUUUGUAACGAUUUCAUUCACUCGGCACGCCUCAAGCAGGGCAACGUGCUGAUCCACUGCCUGGCGGGCAUGUCCCGCUCGGUAACGGUGGCCGUCGCCUACAUUAUGGCCGUCACGCCACUCAGCUGGAAGGAAGCUCUGAAGGUCGUACGUGCCGGACGAUCAAUCGCAAAUCCAAACUUGGGUUUCCAGAAUCAGCUGCAGGAGUUCGAAACGAAUAAACUACUCGAGGAAAGAAAGCGGCUUAAGGAACGGUUUCCCAGUCUGGCGCUGGAAUCGUCGGACCGGGAACAGUGCUAUCUAUCGCUGGACUACUACGAGGAGCUCCUGGAGAGUAAGGGUGUCUGCGAGGGUCACUGCAAGUUCGGUAAAGACUGCCCAACCGGAAUCUGCCGGCAGGAUUCGCGAGGAGGCGCCGGCACCGGUGGUGGUGGCCGGGCAAACCGGAAGUCGAGUCUAGCGUCCAAAAAGCAAUACAACACGUCCCUGUCGACGUCACCUUCGAGCUCGUCGCAGCUGUCGGUACGCAGUGUCGGUUCGGCCGGCGGUGCCCAGUCCUGCCCUACGUCACCCCGCUGCGGUAAGGCUUCAGCGGCCCAGCGAAGAUCGACCGGGGAGCCCGGCAGCGGACCGGCCGGUAGCCGUAUGCCCGACAAUCCCCGGGCGGCCGGUGAGUAUGCGGCCGAAAUAGACAUCGGGGAGCUGUCGGAGCUCCGGCGCAGUAGCAGCAUCGUGAGCACGUACCGGCCACGCAGCAGUCCCGCGGGACUAUACUCCUACACGGGAUCUGCACCACCGUCCAUACACGGAUCGAGGGUUGACCUGAGUGGUGGCGUCAGUGGAGGCACCGGAUCCGCCAUCUAUCUUGGUUCGUCUAGCGGAGGUGGUGGUGGUGGUGGUGCCGGAACCGGUAGCUCACCAGGACCGUGCCGUCGGUUGAGUAUGCGCUCGACUCCGAAAUCAACGCCCGAAUCCUCCCCGAAGGCAUCGCCCAAGAAAAGUGCGACCACUCCGGGCAAGAUGGCGGCCAGUGCGUCACCGAAAAAGACUGCCGCGGCUAGUCCCAACAUCGGUGGCCGGAAAGGGACAUCUGGAGCUUCACCAUCCAGCAGCAGCAGCAACGCUUCACAACCGUCACCUGCUGCUGCCGCCAUCACAACUGCUCAACCUGCCAAAAAGGAGACGAAUGCCAGUGGCAAAGCGACUGCCUCCAAAACCACCGUCCCAAGUAAUAGUAAUACCGCCAUGACCCCUGGUAGCACGACGACUAGCACUGCGACAAGUACUACUAGCACUACUACUACUACUACCACUUCUACUAUUGCUGCUACUAAGGCCAAAGCCGCUACUACGCCCAGUAGUGCAAGGCGUUCCGAGGUCCCGACGACACGUACACCUUCGAUUGUGAUAGACAUUGGUGCGAAUCGUCCCGAUUGCGUUACAGCUUCCACCGGCAAAGCGAAGAAGGAUAUGAAAGAUGGCUUCAGUACCAAGGAUGGUCAAGGUGCUGAAGGUGUUGCCAAUACUAAUAGGAACAGUGAGACGACGGUUACUCGCCAGACAGUUACGAGUAAUAAUGCCAGUAAUCGGGACGCGCGGAAAGAGUAGUGGACCAGGUGCGCAGAAUCCUUGGGAGAAAUCAUUUGUGAAAACUCUUGGCUUUAAGAGACGCUUGAAAGGAAGGAAGGAAGGAACAGCCCGAACGGGUGGUAAUGCGGGAACGCUCAAUAUCUUAGCUAAGUCACUCAAAUCACAUAAUCACACUCAUAGCGUAGGUUAGCGAACUGACUUCCCAUAUUAUAUGCGGUCCCUUUUUCAACAAAAUUCCUACGCCAAAGAGCGUCCCCAUAGUAGCUACUAUCAGACUAACGCUGCUACGAGCGCUUUAUGUGUGCAUCAAUUUUGGGGGAGGGGACACAAUUUUACUGUUCGGUUUCGAAAACCAGCCAAGAUUCCUUAAUUCGGUGAUGGUUUUGUGCAUCACAAAACUGGUGCAAUGCAGGGGUGUUGGUUGGUGGAAACUUUAGUGGAGAGGAGGGAACGCACGCGUGCUUCUUGUUGGUGUGAUAGCUUUGGAGGGAGCGGUCUGCGCAGGAAUCGCGGACAAUUGUUGGCAUGUUUAAUAUGAAAUAUUAUGGGAAUAUGAAAAUGAAAUCAAAUAAGGCAUAAGAACGGUACAGGGAAGGAGAUGAAACUAAUUGUUUAACAUUUGGACGCAUCAAUCAUCAUUGAAAAAUGGCAUCCAGCGACCAGUAUUUAGCAACGUACAAAACAUAUUUACAACACGUUUUUUCAACAUGAAAACUCACAAAAUGAAAUAAGUAUCACAGUUGACUUGUUUUUUUUUGUAGAUGCUCCUUCACCUGAAACAUAGUGCUACCGGUAUGUUGGAUUUGUUAUUUGUGAAAGCCAAACAACUUACUAGAACAAAUAGAAAACCUUUGUUUCGAGCGAUCUAGCUGCAGCACAAAACUCACGUACAGCAAUUGUGUGAUGACCACGGAUAACCACAUCAUUAUCAACUUCAUCAUCAACAGCAGCAGCAGCAGCAGUAAUUAUACGUACGCUUCGCGAUUGUAGCUUUAGCUUUAGCAGAAUGCGCCAUUUCAAGCAUUGCUCGGCGGAGGGAAGAAGAAUCAAUCACUAGCUUAUAUUUGUUCCGGUUUGGGCAUUAGAGAGAUCAAAAGAAGCACAGGAAGAUAGACGGCAAGGGAUAAAGAGAAGAGGCGAGGAGAAUGGCGAGACGGGUGGGGCGUCGCCGAAUGCAAUAAUAUACAUAUGACGGGUUAGCAAUCCUACAGUGGGUGUCGGAUGUCGAAUGUGGCUAAAAAGCUGAUAAAUGAAUGGCACAAACAGAUUAGAUUGUUGGACGAUUGUUGGAAUGGAAUGUAUUUAAAAACGGUUGAUCAAUAGGAAUGUUAAAUGAAGGAUAAGCGAUCCUGCCCUGGAGGCGCACAAUACACACACACACACACACUUACACGAACACACCCAGAAGCACACAUACACACGCUGAUAAACACACUUACACACAAAUCGAAAUGAUAUAUUUAUAUUUAGCUGUUUUAUACAUUUAUUUUGAUAUGAAAAACCAAAACCCAACUGUGAAGCAGAACAAGCGGAUUGUUUGAAGCCGGGAAGCAGGGGGGGGCAAUUCAAAUCGGUUCCAAAAUAAAAAAAAAGCUUAU